AUGGGGAAGACCAAAGAAUCCACGUCUACAACGCCUCAAGGAGAAGAUCGCCCGUACAUCUUCACAGCUGUAUGGCGCCCGGGCAAGGAGUUGUGUAUCCCGGACGCUCUAUCUCGCUCUCCUGUUGGCUACCCAACGCAGGCUGACGAAGUCCUUGGCACUGAUACCGGCUUCCAAGUUAGGAGUAUCGCUACACUACGUGCGAUGGAGUCUCUUGCUCCGUUGGUGCCUCCUGAUGUUGCAGAAGCACCUCCUGGCAGUGACCUUGCCCUUGAGGAGCUUCGUAAGGUGGCAACCGAGGACCCCGAGUACGUCCAGCUCCUUCAUUUUGUGAAGAACGGAUUCCCUAUGGACAGGUACGCCCUCCCCAACGUGCUCCGCCCGUACUGGAAGUUACGGGAGGACCUCUACUGUGAUGAGGAUCUCGUCCUGUACGGUGCACGAGUGUUGGUGCCUACAGCUCUACGUCGCCGUGUCUUGGCCCGCCUGCACGACAGCCAUCGUGGUGUCGAAGCCACCAAGCGCCGUGCUAGGCAGGCUGUGUUCUGGCCAGGCGUGGAUGCAGACAUUGCCAACACUGUUCGAGCAUGUGAGCCGUGCCAGAUUCUGCAGCCCAGUCAACAGCAAGAACCAAGACUCUGUGAUGACAACCCAACUCGACCAUUCGAGAAGGCUUUCUUAGUCAUUGCAGAUCGUCUUUCCGGCUGGCCUGUCGUCGUGUCCUGUGGCGCUGAUACGACGUCUGCUGCCACCAUUCGCCAUUUCCGCCGCCUCUUCAGGGACCUGGGUGUUCCUGUACGCCUGCGCACGGACGGUGGCCCACAGUUCGCCAGCCGGGAGUUUUCUACGUUCCUCGAGCGCUGGGGAGUCCGUCACGACACAUCGACGCCCCAUUACCCACAGUCUAACGGCCAUGCCGAGUCUGCAGUGAAGGCCGUGAAGCACUUCAUCCAGAAGGUGGCACCGUCUGGCAAUAUAGACUGUGAGGCGUUCGACAGGGGUCUCCUGGAGCUUCGGAACACCCCCAACCAGACGGGUCGCUCUCCAGCUCAAGUCCUGUAUGGUCGCCCUUUACGCUCUUGCGUCCCCGCACAUGCCAGCGCCUUCCAGAAACAGUGGCAGGCCAGGGACGAUUGCGACCGUCGAGCUGCUGCCCGUCUCCGUGAUGCCACAAGUCGCUACGACGCUCACGCUCGGCCUCUUCCACCCCUGCAGCGAGGUGACGUGGUUCGGAUCCAGGACCCGACUACGCAGCGGUGGGACAAGGUUGGCACCAUCAUGGGCGUUGGCAGGUCACGGGAUUACCUGCUCAAGAUGCCCAGUGGCCGAGUGUGGUGGAGGAACAGGCGCUUCCUCCGCCCUGCUCCACCUCUAAACGCUUCUUCUACGAUGGAGGACGCCACUGCUCCCUAUGCGGCACCUGAUACGGUGGUGCCCCGCAGGUCGCCACGACUCCAGGAGAAGGCGUCCGCAGCUGCAGUCGCUCGAGUCCCUGUGGACUUCUGAGCGCAGAAUGGGGGGGGAGAUGUGGGUUAUGUAUUGUAUUAAUGCAUAUUACGUGUAUGUGGCACCACUGUGUAUUUCUCUGCGCAUUCAGCUAGCGCGUGAGCCUGUGCUCCCGAGUCGCUACUGGCCGCCAUUUCCUACCCUUUGUAGCUCUAAGGACAAGUAAAGAAUCUACGUGUA